UGGGUGUCAAAUCCAAAAAAAUCAUCACCAAGACCUAUGUCAAGGAGCUUACUGCCUAUGUUUCCUUCUAGGAAUUUUCUUGUUUCCGGUCAUUGAGGUCUUUUUCUGCCUGUUUCAGAGUUGCACUAAAACCCCGCACCGAAGCCAGUCUUGUUUUGAGGAUAGAAAAUGCAAAGAUGACUUCUGGGGUUUGCAUGCCCUGUCCUUCCCAGGGUUAACAUUACAAGGCGGCAGAAUUACAAGAUGGCCUCAACUUGUACCUAGGGAGACUGUGGAAAGAUCCCUAGUCCUAUUUUAUGAGGCUCAUUCAGGAUUAGAGCCUCAGCUUCAGAGGUCCCGUCCUCCGGGUGAAGACUUGGACUUCAGAGUUAGGACUCUAGCACCUCUUUAUGAAUAAAUUACCUCCUUUUAAAAGGCCAUCAGAGCUAUAAUCCAGGAAUAGUAGGUCAAGUUCCCUUGGGGAUUUGCUUAGGGAGGUCUUGAGUUUGCUACACUAGCAGAGAUUUUAAGCAGGUACCUGGGGAAGUGGAGCAUGGAUACAGCAGUAUGAAGUAUUAGAGCGGUUAGGUGGAGUACCAUAAGUUUGGGGAAGGGUCCAUAAAACUGAGAUGGGUCCAAGUCACCUGGAGGUAGAGUUGUCAUCCACGUGAUUUCUAAACGUCUCUACCAUUCCUGGUUCAGAGUUAUCUCCCAGGCAGGGAGGGCGGAGAUUAUGUGAACAGCACUGGAUCAGCUGACUAACCCCUCCUUUCUGCUGCCAAGGUUAGGGAGGGUGAGGAGAGACUGUCUAAUGGUUUCCUCACAGCGGGAGGAGGGGCCCAAGGGCGAGAGGGGACAAACAGAACGAAGACAGACAGAACCGCUCUCAUUUCUCCCCAAGCCCUCAGCCAGCACCUUUCCUUCGCUGCCUGCGCAUCAGGUCCCCUGUGCGGGGGCGGGGCAGGGGUCUCGGCCCCGCAGCUUCUACAGGAGCAAGGAUGGCGGGGCAGCAGGCGCUGCUUCUAGUCGGAUCCUACUUCCUACUGCCUGGCCUCCUCCUCUCAGAGGCUGCCAAAAUCCUAACUCUGUCCCUGGUGGGUGGAAGCCAUUUUCUACUGAUGAAUCGGGUCUCUCAGAUUCUUCAAGAUCAUGGUUGUAAUGUCACCAUGCUUCUCCAGAGAGGAAAUUUAUUGCCACCAGGUUUUACAGAGGAGGAGAAAUCAUACAAAGUUAUUAACUGGUUUCUACCUGAAGACGAUAACAAAGAAUUUAAGAAGUCUUUUCAUUUCUUUAUGGAAGAAACUUUUGAGGGCAGAAGCACAUUUGAACACGUUUUAGCUAUUUUGGAGCAACUAGGGCUUCCAUGCAGUCAUUUGCUAAGGAGAAAUGAUACUAUGAAUUCUUUAAAGAAUGAGAACUUUUGGGCUUCCCUGACCUUUGACCUGGUGAUAGUGGAAAUUUUUGACUACUGGCCUUUCUUGCUUGCUGAGAAGCUUGGAAAGCGCCCCCUGUCUUAUGUGCCAGUAUUCUAUUCCUUGUUAACGGACCACAUGGACUAAUGGGGCUGAGUAAAGAAUUCCCUGAUGUUCUUUGAUGUUCCUGAUGUUCUUUGGCCCUUCAUUCUUUUCUAUCCCAGGCCUGAUGUCUGCAGCCAUCAAAGUCACAGUGACCUACUGCUUUUGGUCUUGAACAAGGUCACCACAAAACUGCUGCCUUUGUUAUUUGCAACAGGGCACCCUCACGUCCACCUUUUUGUCACUCAUGGUGGGAUAAAUAGUGUCAUGGAGGCCAUCCAACAUGGCCUGCCCAUGGUGGAGAUUCCCCUCUUUGGAGACCAGCCUGAAAACCUGCUCCGAGUAGAUGCCAAAAAUUUCGGUGUCUCCAUCCAGUUAAAGCAGAUCAAGGCUGAGACAUUGGCUCUGAACAUGAAGCAAGUCAUAGAGGACAAGAGGCAGAAAUCUGCCAUGGUCGACACCAGCAUCAUGAAGCGCUCCCACCCCCUGAUCCCCAGCCAGCGGCUGGUGGGCUGGAUCAACCACAUCUUGCAGACAGGGGGUGCGGCUCACCUCAAGCCCCACACCUUCCAGCAGCCGUGGUGGCAUGAGCAGUACCUGCUGGACCCCUUCUCGUUCCUGCUGGCAGUCACCCUGGGCACCGCGUGGCUGUGUGGGCAGCUGCUGCGCCUGGUGGCCAGGUGCUGUGUGGGACCAGGAAGCUGAAGAAGGCCUGAGGCCAAGUGGAGCCUUGGAAGGUGGUGUGUUUGGGCAGAGUCAGCAUUUCUUGGCAUCUCCCACCAGUUUUGUCAACCCUCAUUCUCCACAUCCUAUCCACUUGCUAUUUUGCUACAAAUUCCUGCUGACUGGCUUCUUCCUAUUGUUGACUUAAAAAAAUAUAUGCACAAUGUGAGAGUUGCGAGUUAAGUUUUAU